AAUGAUAGAGAGAGAGAGAGAGAGAGAGAGAGAGAGAGGGAGAAAGCAAACGCUGCUGUAUCAGCUCUGAGUAACAGUGUAGAACAGAGUGAGCGUUUACAGUGUCUGACGUGGCCUGAUUUUCCAUACACACUAUCUGACCACUGCCUGUGUGUGUGUGAAUGUGUUUGUGUGUGUGUGUGUGUGUGUGUGUGUGUGUGAAUGUGUGUGUGUGUGUGUGUCUUUAGGUGAAACUUAAUCUGGAACAGAUCAGAGACUCGGAGUCUGGACUCUGUGCAGGUGCAGCGAUGAGUACCCGGAUGCUGGUUGUGUGCGCGAGUAUGUUGUUCUCUCUGUGUUCUGCCGCUCCACCCGCACACAUCAACCGCCUGGCGCUGUUCCCUGACAAGAGCGCCUGGUGCGAGGCCAAGAACAUCACACAGAUCGUCGGGCACACGGGCUGCCAGCCACGAUCCAUCCAGAACAGGGCGUGUUUGGGACAGUGUUUUAGCUACAGUGUGCCGAACACCUUCCCCCAGUCCACAGAGUCUCUGGUCCACUGUGACUCCUGCAUGCCUGCUCAGACGCAGUGGGAGGUGGUGACUCUGGAGUGUCCGGGCAGUGCCGACGCGCCGCGUGUGGAUAAGUUAGUGGAGCGAAUCCUGCACUGCAGCUGCCAGUCCUGCAGUAAAGAGGGCGGCCAGGAGGGGGCGCUGAUGCAGCUGUUUCCUUCAGAGAGCGCCGCUGAGUCUCCACCUGCUCCUGACACACACUCGCACACACACUCACACUCACACACACACACAGACACGCACCCGCAGCACGCCCAUACACACUCCGAACCACAUCCUCACACACACACGCCCGAGGGGGGAUGAUGGGUAAAAUUUUGCAACCCCAUCCACUUGCGUUCAUAUUCACUCCUUUUAUACGCUGACCGACAAACGUUUGGGGACGUCGUGCCUUUCUGUUGAAAUUUUUAUUUUUAAAUAAUGGAAAUCAAAUUACCUGCAGAGGUUUAGUUAGCAUAAAAUGACGACAGCAGGGAAACACUAGGGGGCACUGCAGGUGCACCUGGAAUGAGCUUGUUCUAAUUAUAGCAUCUUUAGAAAUGUCUUUUUUGGCAAACAUACUGUUUUAAAUGAGCAAAAUGUUUAUAUUGAAUUUAAUAGCCUGAAGUUGUAAUUCUGUCCCUCAGCCAUGACUUAAUAUGAUUCAAAUUGCCACUCAGUAAUGUCUUCUGGGUUGGACAGACACUAGAGGGCACUCCAGAACGAGUCCAAAAUGAAUGGGUUCCUAGGUAGCAGUAACACUAACCAAUCAGCUCUCAGUAGCAGUAACACUAACCAAUCAGCUC